UCCCAGCCUACCUCUCGAGUUAUCUGCCUUCGUCUAAAACCCACUCAUCUCGCUUUCCCUACAGUCGUGGCACUUAGAGGACAGUUCCAGGAGCUUGGAGAGGAGUCGAUGGAGUUCCAUGGAAGCAUCACGCCACAGAGUGUGGAGGAGAUGGACUUGAGAAGAGGGCCUUGGACCGUGGAGGAGGACCUUCUCCUGAUGAACUAUAUUGCUGCUCAUGGCGAGGGUCGAUGGAAUUCUCUUGCCCGUUGCGCAGGACUCAGAAGAACUGGGAAGAGCUGCCGGCUCCGGUGGCUCAACUAUCUCCGACCUGACGUCCGCCGCGGCAACAUCACUCCGGAGGAGCAGCACCUCAUCCUGGAACUCCACUCUCGCUGGGGAAACCGGUGGUCUAAGAUCGCGCAAUUCUUGCCCGGGAGGACCGACAACGAGAUCAAGAACUACUGGAGGACCAGAGUGCAGAAGCACGCGAAGCAGCUCAAGUGCGACGUCAACAGCAAGCAGUUCAAGGACGUGAUGCGGUACCUGUGGAUGCCCCGCCUGAUCGAGCGAAUCCGGGUGGCUUCCGGCGACCCCACGGCCGUCGCCCCGGCGGCGCACUGGACCCCGGAGCUCGCCCCGGUGAACCCGAGCCCGGACAACUCGAGCACGGCCGGCUCGUCGUCGUUGCAAUUCUCGCCGCAGCCUGUCCCCGACAGCUGCGCCGACUGCAGCACGAGGCAAGGUGACGGUAAUGGCGGUGACGUGAUUCAACCCGGUGAACUCGCUGCAUCCUGGUCGGCCUCGGCGCUGAGCCCGGGCGGUGACGCUCACCUGGGGUUGCUGGACUUCGACCAAAUCCAAUGGGGGGACAGCUUGUGGACUGUGGAAGACAUAUGGCUGCAGCAACAGUUUUAGCCGAAGUAAAAAAAAUAGCAAAAAAUAAAAAUAAAAAUCAUAAAUUUGCAACUUGUGAAUUGAAAAAGAAAAUUGGAAAUGAUUUCGAAAAUUUUUAUUUAUUUUUAAUAAAAGUAACUGAUGACAACAUAUUCGA